UCAGCCUCACCUUCAGCACACGUCUAGCGAUUUGUUUCUCGCCGCCUCUGUUUCCUAGGAGUCCUGAGACCGACUCGAGACAGCCAUGAGGAUUCUGUGGACCUGCCUCCUGGCUCUCCUCCUCGCUGGCAUCGGCCUGCUUCAGGUUGUGGCUGGAAAGGACUGCGAGAACAACGAGUAUUGCAACAGGAAAAAUGGAAGUUGUUACUGGAAGGACGAGGAGUCCUGCAACGGCUCCUCCUUCAGCUAUGGCUGUUCGGAGAAAGGCUGCGCCUGUUGCGUCACUGAUGAGACGGUGUGCAUCGAGAAGAACUUCUGCGCCAAGAGGAACGGAACUUGCAUCCCGAAGGACGAGAGCUGCAACGGCGAGGUCCUCCUGGAGGGCUGCCACACGGACGGCUGCCACUGCUGUGUGGAGAAUCCAGUGAACAUUACCGUCGAAUGCGAACCAAAAGAUUGCUCGGAUUAUAACGGGACCUGCUUCGAGAGAGGGAAAGUGCCCUGCAAUGGAACAAUCUACAGCAGGGGCUGCAAAGACGUUUUCUGCGCCUGCUGCGUCCCAGCAUUUAUAUCAUAUGAAGAAAGUACAUGCUAUAUUCAGUUAGAAAUUUUACGAAAAAGCUACUUACUCUUCCCCCUUGAGGUGACACAACUCAAGGUCUUUACAGUUGCAAGGUCCUGCGUUCGCGUCCGGUCGUCCCUCUCAGUCGACUGGGCUGCGUGUGAGAGCGAGUAUGCUGACCUCAGCAAAUUCAGCUGGGGAGGGAAGGAGCUGAACAUGCUAUCUUUUGUUGUGGAUAAGAAAUAA